AGCCCAAACUAGAUAAUCUUCUACAUCUAACUCUCUGCAAAAAACCGGAAAAAAACCCCAUAAACCCUAGACGUACUUGAAAGCCAAGGCACAGUAAAUCGAUGUCGGACAAUGAAGAAUAUGACUCCGAUGCUCCGGAGGAGCUCACGGCGGAGCAGGGGAUACAGCAAGACCAAGAGCUAAUAAAAGUUCAAAAGGAGAAUAAAGCCAGAGUUGCUCGUGAAAGAAAAGAGCGUCGUAGAUUAUGGGCUCAAAGAAAAACACCAAAAGGUCCAAAACCAUCUCAGGAGGUUGAAAGUGUUCAAGAUGUUCCCCAGACCGAAAACCCAAACGAGCCUAGUGGUAGAGAGGGAAUGCUACCAAAUGAGAUUGUUCAAGUGCUGGCUGCCCGUGAGAAACAAGUGUUUUUAUCAGACUCUGAGGAUGAGAAGACUGAAUCAAAGCAAAGUUCUAAAAGGAAGAAAAAACCCAGAAGAACCUCAGGCUCAGGGGUGGACACUGUUAUGUUAAAUGAAAUACCAUCGGCUCAGUGCUUAAAGAAUUCAUUGGAGUUCUUGAAGAAGAGGAAAAUGCAAGUGCCAAGAUCAUAUGCGGUGCUGAAUAACUCCAACCAAGCAUUGCGCCUACUUUCUUCAUCUGGCUUGUUAAAAUGAAAUUUGGGCAAACCUCAAUUUUGUUUCUUGCUUUAUGUAUGUUAUAGUUUAUUGUUAGGUCAUAUAAGUUUCGUUUUUUGUUUUUCUCUCCCUUUCUUUUCUAAGAUACUUUUUGCUCCACCAGGAGCACAUUUUUGUGACUGAUGACCAAUUCGAAAGGCCUUAAAUGGAUGAAUGACCAAUUUUCACUA